AGCAGACGUGUCGCCACAUUUCGCGAUAUAUAUCUCGCCCUCAACCACCACGAGCUAAAGCUCGGCAUUGCAAUUGUGAUCACCAGCUGCGCACCCGUACCACCCACACACUGUCUUUGCAGCAGCAGAACAGAGUGUCUCUGCCUCCCGCCCACGCCAUGCCAGCCUCCUCCUGGUUCCACAAGCUCAGGAGGAAGAGGAGGAAGGGCAGGCCAUCAGGCGCGUGUCCUAGUCCGAGUCCGAUCCAUGGCGCCGCCGCGGACGAGCCGAUCGCCGUCGUCACCACCACGGUGGCGUCGACGGACGAUCAGCGAACCCAGCAGCGCCAACGGCCGAUAGCGGAGCCGCGGUCACCGGCAGGUCCGGCACCAGCACCCUGCGCCGGCUACUCCCCGAACAGACCAUCCUACUACUUCCCGACUGCGGACCGCGCCGCGCGCCCGGACGGUGGCCUCCGGUGCAUUGCCCCGCGCGGCGGCGACGACGACAGCACUGUCCUGGACGUCCGCGUUGACGUGGUCCACCGCCGCGCCGGCAGGCUCGGCGGGAUCGACGCGCCCCCCGCCACGCCCGAGCUCAACCUCCGGCGCAUCGUCACGAGACCCCUCGCCAAGAACGAGCCCGCGGGCGACGUCCCUGGGAGCAGCGGCAGCACCACCACCUCGGCUGCCACCACGCCGUCCACCUGCAGGGCGCGGGGCUUCCACGUGAGGCCGGCCAGCACCAGGACCAGGAGGCGACGGCGGCGCGGCCACGACGACGACAACAAUAAUGUCCGAAAGCACAAGGACAAGGCGGUGGAGGCGGCGCCGGCGCACGUCGGUUCGACGACGACGACGAGGGGGCGGCGGUGGCUGUACGAGAGCCUGGUGGUGGUGAAGACCUCGUCGGACCCGGAGCGGGAGAUGGCGGAGAGCAUGGCGGAGAUGGUGGCGGCCAACCACAUCCGCUCCUCCGACGACCUCCAGGAGCUGCUCGCCUGCUACCUCGCGCUCAACGCCGCCGAGCACCACCGCGCCGUCGUCGCCGCCUUCCGCCGCGUCUGGCUACACAUCGCCAGCCAAAGACUGCUGCACCACCCGCGCCACUAGACUACCUACUUCUAAUUCUUAACCACCUCCAGUCGAAUUCGACCUCUCCAAAACACAAUGCACGAUCAACUCUCAUGCAUAAAAGAGGAUCGAUCGAUCAUCCAUCCAUAGUGUGCCAGGAUCAUUGUGUGUUCAUAAUCACAUUGGUGAUUCUGAUGGUCCACACAUUGUGCUUGUUCUGCUUCUUGUACAUUGAAAAACCGUGCUAUGUCAUGUUUUAGGCUUUAGAGCUGCUAGCUUGAAUUAAUUGUGUAAGUCGGCAGAGCUUUCUGGCGUUUCUCGCACUUUCUUCGGUUGGUAAUGGUAAUGUGGUUCGUGGUGUGAGGCUGAAGAAUGGAAUAAGCACGCGCACGAUAUGCGCGCCCCACUCUGGCUUCAAAAGCGGAUUAGAUGCCAUCUUUACAGCUCCGUCCGUGCGCUGGGAAAAUUCAAUGGAAAUUCUGCUGUUCAUCA